CGAGGAAUCCUGGGGGCCCUGGGAUUGGAGCUUCAGGAGUCUAAAAAUUGGUGCCUUUUGCUUGCUUGUCUCUUCCCAGUUUCCUGCCCUCUUGAGUGUGUGAGAAAGACAAGGAAAGUUUGUUCACUUUGGAAACUCGAUAGGAGGCAGCAGCUGAUCUUCCCAUCACCAGCCUAAAAAUAAUCCAUUCCAGGGUUUGGAGCUGCUUCACAAAGUGGAGGAGAAUCCUGCCAUCGGAAUGAUAUUGAUCACAUAGCACAACCAAGGGAAAACUGGGUUUGAUAUUUUGUGUAUAUAUAUGUAAAGUUUGUAAUAAUCAGGCUGUUUGGAAGCAAUGAAAGUCGCAUUUUGUGGUAAUGACAAUGCUUCUGCCUAUGACAUCAGUGCUGGCGUCCUAAAAAAUGUCUGCUUCGUGGAUGCCCUUAACCUGGUUCCCCAUGUCUUCCUGUUAUUUAUCACCUUUCCAAUUUUGUUUAUUGGCUGGGGUAGCCAAAGUUCGAAAGUCCAGAUCCAUCACAACACAUGGCUGCAUUUCCCUGGACACAAUCUGCGGUGGAUUCUGACAUUCACUCUCCUGUUCGUACAUGUCUGUGAAAUAGCAGAGGGCAUAGUUUCAGAUGCAAAUAUGAAAUCUCGCCAUCUGCAUCUCUUCCUGCCAGCUAUGAUGGGAUUUCUGGCUGCCACCACAGCUAUUGUCUAUUACCAUAAUAUUGAAACGUCUAACUUUCCAAAGUUACUGCUAGCUCUUUUUGUUUACUGGAUAAUGGCCUUUGUCACAAAAACCAUCAAGCUGGUCAGAUAUUGCGAGGAUGGUGUGCCGCUCUCGCAGCUGCGCUUCUGCAUCACUGGAAUUAUGGUCAUUCUCUAUGGGCUGCUGAUGGCUGUGGAGAUCAAUGUCAUUCGAGUUAGGAGGUAUGUAUUUUUUAUGAACCCUCAGAAAGUAAAGCCACCCGAAGACCUGCAGGAUCUGGGUGUGAGAUUUCUUCAGCCAUUUGUCAAUUUGCUCUCAAAGGCAACUUACUGGUGGAUGAAUACACUUAUUAUAUCAGCCCACAAGAAGCCGAUUGACCUGAAGGCAAUUGGGAAGCUGCCAAUAGCAAUGCGAGCACUUACAAACUAUGUUUGUUUGAAAGAAGCAUAUGAAGAGCAAAAGGCAAUGAUAUACAAUAAGAUCCUGAGGCUUUCCACAUCCAACUUGUCCAUGGGAGAGAUGACCUUGGGACAGAUCAAUAACUUGGUUGCCAUAGAAACAAAUCAGCUGAUGUGGUUCUUGUUUCUGUGUCCCAAUCUCUGGGCUAUGCCCAUUCAGAUCAUAAUGGGCGUGAUCCUGCUCUAUAACUUACUUCGAGUAAGUGCCUUGGUUGGUGCUGCUGUUAUUGUAUUGCUCGCUCCAAUACAGUAUUUCAUAGCUACAAAGUUGGCUGAGGCGCAGAAGAGCACUCUUGAUUAUUCUACCGAGAGAUUAAAGAAGACCAAUGAGAUCUUGAAAGGCAUUAAGUUGUUAAAGUUGUAUGCCUGGGAGCACAUAUUUUGCACUAGCGUAGAGGAAACAAGAACCAAGGAGCUCAUAAGUCUCAAAACCUUUGCGCUUUACACAUCUCUUUCCAUUUUCAUGAACGCAGCCAUCCCAAUAGCAGCUGUUCUUGCAACCUUUGUGACCUAUGAAUAUCAAAAUGAGGAGACACUGAAGCCAGCACAGGCCUUUGCAUCACUGUCAUUGUUUCACAUCCUGGUCACACCACUGUUCCUGCUCUCCACAGUGGUUAGAUUUGCAGUCAAGGCUGUCAUAAGCGUACAGAAGCUGAAUGAAUUUCUCAUAAGUGAUGAGAUUGGAGAUGACAGCUGGAGAAGUGCAGAAAGCUCUGUGACCUAUGAAUCCUGUAAGAAGCAUACAGGACUUCAUACCAAAGCCAUAAACAGGAAACAGCCCUUACGGCAUCAGCUGGACAGCUAUGAGCAGCCACUGAGGAGACAGCCACGUCCCUUUGAGAUAGAUGAUAUUGCAAUCAAGGUUACCAAUGGAUAUUUUUCAUGGGGAAGCGGCUUAGCCACAUUAUCCAAUAUAAACAUCAGAAUUCCAACAGGUCAGAUGACAAUGAUUGUGGGUCAAGUUGGCUGUGGGAAGUCUUCACUUCUUCUGGCUAUACUUGGUGAGAUGCAGACUCUGGAAGGAAAAGUUCACUGGAAUAACAUAAAUGAAACUGAUCCUUCUUGUGACGCAACCAGAAGCAGAAACAGAUACUCUGUGGCUUAUGCAGCACAGAAGCCAUGGCUGUUGAAUGCUACAGUGGAGGAAAACAUUAUCUUUGGGAGUCCUUUUAACAAACAGAGAUACAAAGCUGUUACGGAUGCAUGCUCUCUGCAGCCGGACAUUGACCUAUUACCAUUUGGCGAUCAGACAGAAAUUGGAGAAAGGGGGAUUAAUUUAAGUGGUGGCCAACGACAGAGAAUCUGCGUAGCUCGAGCACUCUAUCAAAACACCAACAUGGUUUUCUUGGAUGAUCCAUUCUCUGCACUGGACAUUCACUUAAGUGAUCACUUGAUGCAGGAAGGUAUCUUGAAGUUCCUUCAGGAAGACAAAAGAACACUUAUUCUGGUGACACAUAAAUUGCAAUAUCUGCCACAUGCGGACUGGAUCAUAGCUAUGAAGGACGGUUAUGUGCUCAGAGAAGGGACAUUGAAGGACAUCCAGACCAAAGAUGUUGAACUGUAUGAGCACUGGAAAACUCUGAUGAAUCGCCAAGACCAAGAAUUAGAAAAGGAUAUGGAAACUGACCAAACUACUUUGGAAAGAAAAACUCUCAGAAGAGCAAUGUACCCAAGAGAAUCCAAAGCACAACUGGAGGAUGAGGAUGAAGUUCUGGGAUAUAGCAGUAAUGCCAUGUCAGUAGGCCAGUCCCAUAACCUGGGUACAGAUAUCUUCUUCCUUCAGGACCUUCAGGAGCUUGAUGACAGCACCCAACUACCUUUACUCUGUCAUUUCUCAGAAACAGCUGAAGGCCUCACCACCAUCAGAGCAUUUAGGCAUGAAGCCAGGUUUAAACAACAUAUGCUGGAACUGACGGACACAAACAACAUUGCCUACUUGUUUCUGUCAGCUGCCAACAGAUGGCUGGAGGUCAGGACGGACUAUCUGGGUGCUUGCAUAGUUCUCACUGCAGCUGUUACGUCCAUCACCUAUGGGUCCAAUUCUGGUCUUCUGGGCCUGGGUCUCCUGUACGCACUGACGAUAACCAACUAUUUGAACUGGGUUGUAAGAAAUUUAGCUGACUUGGAGGUGCAGAUGGGCGCAGUGAAAAAAGUGAACAGUUUCCUGACUAUGGAGUCUGAGAAUUACGAAGGCACUAUGGACCCUUCUCAAGUCCCGAAAGACUGGCCACAAGAGGGGGAAAUCAAGAUUGAAGAUUUGUGUGUCCGAUAUGAAAAUAACCUGAAGCCUGUUCUGAAGCAUGUCAAGGCUUACAUCAAACCAGGACAGAAGGUUGGGAUCUGUGGUCGCACUGGCAGUGGAAAAUCAUCAUUGUCUUUGGCUUUCUUCCGAAUGGUGGACAUAUUUGAUGGGAAGAUUGUGAUUGAUGGAAUAGACAUUUGUAAACUGCCCCUGCAUACCCUCCGUUCCAGACUCUCAAUUAUUCUCCAAGACCCCAUAUUGUUCAGUGGUUCCAUUCGCUUUAAUUUGGAUCCAGAGUGCAAGUGCACUGAUGAUAGGCUUUGGGAAGCUCUGGAGAUUGCUCAGCUGAAGAACAUGGUCAAAUCAUUGCCAGGAGGUCUUGAUGCCGUGGUAACAGAAGGGGGAGAGAACUUCAGUGUGGGGCAGAGACAACUCUUUUGUCUGGCCAGAGCCUUUGUUCGCAAGAGCAGCAUUCUCAUCAUGGAUGAAGCCACGGCUUCCAUUGACAUGGCCACAGAAAACAUUUUGCAGAAGGUUGUGAUGACUGCCUUUGUGGACCGCACAGUUGUAACGAUAGCACAUCGGGUUCACACCAUUCUGACCGCUGACCUGGUCAUUGUGAUGAAACGAGGGAAUAUUUUGGAGAAUGACACACCAGAGAACUUGUUGUCGCGGGAAGACGGCCUCUUUGCUUCUUUCGUCCGGGCUGACAUGUGAAGAGUCACUAAAUCGCGUGCUGUAUUUUUAAUAGCUGAUUUUUAAACAAAUGAAAUCCAAAUAUUUUCUAUUCAGUGUAGCAUCACAUUAGCCUUUUUGAAGGUUUUUUUUCCUUCAUGUUUCUAUCUUUAAAUAAUAAAACCCAUUGCAAUCCAUGUAUGCCUCAAAGCAAUAAAAGUGUCACUGUAUCAAAUACCAUUAAACUCCCACACA